GGAGAUGUCAUCCAGGCGGAGUUUGCCGGUGAUCCUCGUGUUUGCAACGAGGAUCGCAGGACAAGAGUCAACUUGAAUCUUGAGCUGCUUCACAUCGACCACUCUAUCUUUCUCUCAUUUACCCUCUCUCUUCUCGUCGUCCGAUAGUGGGUCGUUGAUAUCCAUGGACCCGAUCAACAAUAGGGAUAAUCUCUUCUCGAGAGGCCCUUCGCCGCCGCCUCAGAUUCAUCAGCAAUUCCAGCCGCCGCUUUCACAAUUCGGCGAUCCACACGUCUCUCCUCAAGGCUCUAUUCGUGAUAAUAUGGCUGCCUCGACUGCCCAUCUCGAUUCUCUUUUCCACAAUCUCGCUUCACCACCUCAAGCUUCGCAUUCAAGCCCACAGCCUUCUAAUGCAGGAAGCGUAAAUUAUCCCAACCCCCAAGAUGUCCCUGUCUCAGGACCAGCAACGCCUGCUUCUGUCACUGCAGGUUCAAUAGCAUCUUCGGGCUCUGCACCAUCUAAUCCCGCCGCUGAGCGACAGAACGUAUUAUUAUCGCUCCUCGGAGCUGUCGGAUCUCCUUCUACAAGUAUUCAAAGUGUUCAAAGUCAAGCGGCGGCUGCGCCUCCUCCGCCUCAACAGAUCCCAACCCCUCCAGGAUCUGCGCCGAGAUCUGCUCCAUCUUCUGGAGAGAAUCAGGGGAAGAUGUUGUUGGAGCAGUUAAUGUCCGGCAACACACAGAAGUAUAAUCCUGAACCACAACCUGCUCCCCAACCACAUCCGGGACCUGGAGGACCGUCUCCUACCUACAGCCUGGCUCCGGUUGCAGACUCACAGUCUCACUACGAAGGCGAUCAUACGCUCGGUGACAGUUCUUUCACCUCUCAGGAAUUCUCGCGAGACACGGCGCCAGCUCCUCAGCCAACUCAACAAGGGCCACCUUCUCCUGCCCGUAGAUCCAUGUUCGACUUUGUUUCUCCUUUCGACGCUUUGGCAGGCUCUACUUCGCAAGCGAAGAGGAAGCCCGCCCCUUCUCAAGCUGCUAGCAGCAUGGACGAACCUGCUUGGAAUCCUCCCCCUGUUGAUUCGAAACGAAAAUCUGUAGAAAACCUAAUGGACCAGCUUACUCGGGGGCAGGCGCCCCUGUCUGCUCCAAACCAGCCUCCGCCUAUGACCGACACAUACGCUCCUACUGACGAGUCAGCACAAUCUAUUGAGCCUGCUCAGCAAGCUCAGAGGGCACCUCGACCACUACCACCUCAGCCUUCGCAGCAGUCCACUUCCCCUCGUUCGUCUCCUCCCAAGGCUCCUGCCCAACAACGUCAACAGAGACGAGGUGCUUCUGACUCUCCUGGAGGACAAGCCCCUGACUUCUCGACCGCUAUGCAGAGAGAUAAGGAGAGUUCUCCACUCCCAACGAGCACGUAUACCAGGAGGAAAGGCAGGGCCAGUCCCAUUAUCCAUAUGCAGAGUCUGAUUAUCGACGUUACUCGUCCACUGGAAGAGAUUCAAGCUCCCAGAGAUGGUGUCAAAUCUACCGCUAUCGCUUUAGUUAGAGUGGAUUCUACCUUCUUACCUGGUACCACAAUUGGCGCUACGCACUGGGUUGCUUACGCUAUGACGAAAGGACGUGUUCGUGUUAUUUCGCGCUCCAGUGGUGAUCGCACUCUCUUGCAGUUGCCUCAGAUUUUCCCGCCGACCGUUGCGGUCACUGACAUGUCUGUUCAUGGUAACAGACUUGCUGGCGUGACUUCAGAUGGUGGUUUCGUUGUUUGGGAGUUGCCUGAGGUUAUUCGUGACGAUGUUCCGGGUACUAUCAUGCUUUGUGUCUUGCCAACGGCAGACAUGGAUCCUCUUCGAGCAGUCAAGUGGCAUCCUCAAGACCCUGAUAUUGUCACCGUCACAUCGGACAAUAACAUCUAUCUGAUCAACAUUGCGGAUGCGGCGCACAUCUUCGGUGGUCAGCCUAUUUCUCAGACAGAACUCCACCGUGUGGCGCGUGUAUGGUCGGUCGCUUCUCCUAUCGUCGCCUUCGACUACGAUAUUCCUCGUUCUGCGAUCGGUACAAUCUCUGAGGAUUCGACCCUCACAAUGUGGAAUAUUCGUGACCAGACCCCAGUUUGGUCGAACAAGAUUCGAGGAGAUGAUCUACCUUCGUCUCUGAUGUUCCUUGAGAAGGGAGUUGUCGUCGGUCGCAAGAAUGGCACCGUCUUCCAACUCCUGCCUAUCAUGAGGACCGACGUCCAUUCGACUAUCAAGUUUGUCAAUGGCAACGUCGAGGACCCAGACAUGUUCGGUCACGCGAAUUACGACUCUAGGAUUCAGACUCUCUGGAUUGCGAACAACCGACGUGACAGUAUGUUCGCUUUCAAAAUCGACUUCACGAUGCGAGACUAUACUCCUCGAGGCGAGGAACCACUUCUGAAGUCUGUCAUGUGCGAUCAGGUCGUCGAGUUCAGUGGUCCCAAGCCCACCAUUCAUUUCGUCAUUCUUACCGCUGACGCCGAUCCUACCGGCGAGGAAGCUCAUGCCGCAUGCGUGGCCGCCAAAGUCCCUCCCGGUGAACUGGCGCUUGUUGCGUUUUCUGUACACUCCAGCGGCGUCGACCAAAUCCUCAUUCGUAAGGAGUGGUAUACCUCUGCCUUCGCUCGAGCUACUUCAAAGUUCCCUUGGAACAUGUUCGGUCCUGUCCCCAAGCCUACAGAUGCCCGGAUCGAGAUGAUCAUUCCACCCGGCCACAACGCUGUACCUCAUCCAGAGCCCCGGAUGGCUCCAGCUAUCGCUCCUCCAAGAAACAUCAUCAAGACUCCGCCGUCGGAGGAACUCGAGACUGCAGAGGCGAGCCGCGAGGAAGGUCGUGCUGAAGGGAAAGGCAAGGGCAAGGGUAAGAAUGUGAACUUCAAGGACAAGGAUGAUAGUAGUAGGGAGAAAGACGUGAAAGGAAAAGGUGUUGAUAACAAUAAUGCGGAUUCUUUGGUGAAGGAAAUCCGAAAAGUGGAGGAGAGUAUUCACACUCGCAUUGGGCGUCUGAUAUCUAAAGAAUUGGAUAAGCAACAUCAACGUUUGGAGGAUGCUCGCGCAAAUGAACAAGCUGCCGAUUUCGUGCGUCAGGAGAAGAUUCUCAAGCUUAUCUCCACCGAGUUGACCAAGAACACUACACGCGUCGUCGAGAUGGCCGUCAAGGCCGAAGUGCAGAAUUCGGUCUUACCUUCUCUGGAGAACAUCACCAAGAACGAGGUGAAGAGCGCUCUGAACAACCAAGUUGCUAAAGGUUUGGGCGAGUCUAUGAAGCAGCACAUUCCCGUUGAACUCGAACGUAUGCUGUUACGUCCUGAAGUCGCCAACCAUAUGGCACGCACAUUCUCUGCAACAGUAGCCCCAAUUGUCGAAAGGCAGGUAAAGGAGACUGUCUCGAAGGUUGUCGUCCCGACAUACACACAACAAACUGCAGCGAUGCACCAGGAACUGUCCGGUCAGAUUCACAAUGAAAUUCAGAACCUGAAGAAGGACGUUCUUUCGUGGCAGAAUGAGGCUCUUCACAAGCAAGAGGUUGCCAUCCGAGACCUGGAGCAGUCCGUUCGUUUGCUCUCUGACCAAGUGAAGUACAUGGGCCUUCAUGUUACCGCUCCUUCGUCUUCGUCGAACAUCCCCAUCCAACGCAGUUCUCCGGCGCCUUCGACUGGUGGAAACCUUGCUCAGCUCCUUCGUCAUCCACCUUUGGGUAACGUCAAUCAGCCUUCACAGGCCAACUAUCCCCAAGUACAUGGUCCCUAUCCGCCUCAACAACAACCCCAACCGCCAUUGCAUGGACCCUGGUUUGGUCCUAGUAUAGCUGCACCCCAAGCGUCUCAUCCUGCAGCCCCUCCACCAGUUCCUAGCCAGCAGCCUCUGCGCACUCCUCCACCGAAUGCAAGUGAGGAGUGGGAUGACAUGUACCUUCAGGUCCUCGCGUCUCAAGAUUCGCGACAGCUUCGAGAACUCCUUGCUCGAUCGAAUCCUGACGUUGUAAUGCCUAUGAAUGGCCCUAGUCCCUUGUCACAGGCUGUCGUUUUGACUUUGGUGCACCGGUUGACGCAACUCAUUGGCGAAACUCCUCCAGUCGAGGAAGCUUUCAAGACGUCUAUCUGGUGGCUGCACCGUGCUUCGUCUACUCUGAAUACUCUCGAUCCUCUCAUUUCUCCAUACGUCGCUCGAGUCCUACCGAGCGUGUUAGGUAUGCUUAACACUACUAAACAACGUCUCGCUAUCCUGCCCGGCGGUCCAUCGCCCGAUGCUGCCCACAAUAUCUCCAACAUUCAAGAAAUUUUGUCACAAAAGCCUCUCUAGUUGUUUUCGCAUGUGCUAUGUUUUUUGUGUAUCCCGUGUUUUGUUGUUGCCCUGUUGUCGCGUUCUCUCGGUCGCCGAUCACUUAUAGAAAACCCACCCUUCAAUCCUGUGUUUCUCAUUGCCAUGCCAUACUCGCAGGUUACGACGCUAUGCCAUGAUGACCUUCACGACUCUUGCUCGAGUUUAUAGCCUAAUACUAGCAGUAAAAAUACGUGUAUCGAGCGGUUUAUGACGAAAUAUGACUUUCGACGAUUUCCAAUGC